AUGGCCCAACUGGGCCAACCCAUCAAGCCAGCCCACCGCGCCGAACCCCCCGCUGGGCUGCUAACCCGCCCCCACCACCAAACCCUAGCACCCCACUCCCCACUCGCUCCUCCCACGUUCCCCUCUCUCCCUCGCUCCUUCCCCCCCGACCCGAUCUGGAUCGGGGCAGCCGGCGCCCCCGUCCCCCCGACGCGCUCGCUGUCCCCGUCGCCAACGCCGCCACUCGACGCCCACCCCCAGCGCCGCCCCGCCUUCCUCCACUCCUUCCCCUCUCUGUGCUGGAUCCGGGCGAUCCCCAUCGCCCCUGACCCCGGCUCUCCCGCGCUGGCGCUGACCAGCGCCUCCCAUCGCCGCCCGACGGCGACGGCCUUCCCCGACGCGCCCGACCCACCGGCCAUGGAGGCCCCAUGCGCCCGCAGCUUCACCUCAAGCAGGACCGCCUCGCCGUCGACGUUCGCCGGAACCGCGUCCUCGACGGACUCCGUCAGCCCUCAUCGCCCGUACCCCUGCAUCGGGGGUGAGCUCUCCGCCGUUCACCCCUCUCCUGCUCGCCCAACCCCGCGCACGCCCGCUGCUGGCUGCACCUGCGCCCGCCUCUCGCGCUCCGGCCCCGCGCUCACCGCGGCCAGGUCGCGCCACGCUCCGUCCGGUCGUGCCCGUCGCCCCGUGCCAACCGCACCCCCCUGGCCGGCCUGCCCGCGCAUGCUGCGACCCCGUGCGGCCGUCGCCCUCGUGCCCGACCACCGGUGCCUGCAUCCGGCGCGCGCGCCACCUAGCGCCCGAGCGCCCUUGGGCGUGCGCCGAUCGGGCAGCGCCCGUUGCCCGUUCGCCCGUGCCCGUUUGGCCCUAUGGGCUACUGCCCAGUGGGGCCCCCCGCCCCACGCCCCUCUGUAA